GCACUAAACACUUUUAAUCACUGAACACCUCAUAGUAUUUCAUUUGUUCUUCAAAAAAUUGCCCAACAAUGAAAGAGGGAGACAAAGCUCCGCCCGGGUAUUUGGGUUUUGUCGCUGGCAUGUUUUCCGGAGUCACAAAAAAUGCAGUGGGCCACCCGUUCGAUACGGUGAAAGUCCGUCUACAGACCUCCGAGGGCAGAUUCAAAGGUCCGGUUGAUUGUGUCAUGAGUACAUUCAAAGCAGAGGGUGUUCGUGGAUUUUAUAAGGGGUUUACUCCUCCAUUGGCGGGGUGGGUCCUCAUGGAUUCCGUUAUGCUCGGCUCUUUACAUCUCUAUCGACGUCUAUUGAAGGAAAACAUCUACUCUGAUGAAAAAAAACUCCCCUUGUUUGGUCAUAUCGUUGCUGGAUUGGGAAGUGGAUGGACUGUGUCGCUUGUGGCGGCACCCAUAGAGCAGUUCAAAGCUCGUCUCCAGGUGCAAUAUGAUGCCAAGUCAAGCAAUUACAGCGGCCCUAUCGACGUAGCGAGAAAGUUGUGGAAAAUCUCCCCUCUCACCUGGUACACUGGUCUCAUCCCCACUAUGAUCUUUCGAACUAAUUUCAUUUUCUGGUGGGGCUCAUAUGAAAUUCUCACCAACUGGUUCACAACAAAUACCAAGAUGUCGACGCCAUCCAUUAACUUCUGGGCCGGAGGUCUUUCUGCUACAGUUUUCUGGAUUUUUGCGUACCCAACCGAUGUGGUCAAGCAAGUGAUCAUGACAGACAGCCCUAUUCAAGCUGAGAAAAGAUUUCCACGUUACAUGGAUGCAGUUCGAUAUAUCUACAAAGAAAGAGGGUUGGCAGGGUUUACCCGCGGAUUUGGCCCAUCCAUCUUACGUUCAUUUCCUGCAAACGCAGCUGCAUUGGCUGCAUUUGAAGCAGUCAUGAGAUUUUUGCAUUGACUUUUGCAACAGCUCUUGGCAUAAUUUCGUCAUCUUUCCUCACUACAUUCAUAAAAUUAUAUAGAGAUCCAUCUGUACAGUAACCAGAAAAACUCUUAUUGGCAAAAUC